UCCUGUAAAUAACAAGAGAGCGAAUAACUGAAGAGGUGCAAAUAAAAGUUUCGCAGUAGGUUUUUACUUCAGCCUCUCUUCGCGUCUGCUGGCGAAUGUUUUACAAACUUUGUUGAAUGAAAACAGUGAAAAAAAAAACAUGAGUGCGUUCAAGAGGUAUCAGAGCAAGGUGUUUUGGGGUCAAAUGGCCUCACACGACCUGCAGGACGAUCGUUUUGCUGAAAGAAACGAUCUUACGCGUUACUCUUUUAACGAACGCGUCCGUGAAAAGGAGGAGGAGGAGAAAGAAGAAAAAGAAGAAGAAAAUUCGACCAAGUCGGAAAACGACACCGAUGCGAAUAUUACCGCAAUACGCGUGUGUAAGAGCGAGGAGAAUAUAAAACAAAACGUGUCUCGGAUUUCGUUGAUAUGCGACGAAAGUUUAACAUGUCACGGAAUGACAGUGGAGAAGACGGAUAAAGGGGAAGAGAAGCGCGAGAUAAGAAACAGAUCUUACAGCCCCUUGAGUCAAGAUUUCAAGAGCCAGGACUCUGGAUUCUCCGAUUCCGAGAGAUCGGACUGUUCGGAGGCUUACGAAAAUGCGACUCCGAGACGGAAAUUGAGGAGGAAACGAGUGAGACGUAGGAUUCAGCCGGCUUCCCCGUGGCUGGAUCCCGAGGAAGGAUCUCCCCCGAUACCGACGCAUACGUCCACGCCCAAGGAUUCCAGAAUACUCGCGAGAAACCGUUUCGAAAAGAACUCCGCGAGAAGUCUGUCGCGGGUACAGAGGGCUGACGAGAAGCGGGACGACGCAUCGAAAGUACCCUCCUCCGUUUCGUUGGCAGAAGAGAGCCUGUGCGAUUUUCUGUACGCGUCCGAGCCGCCGGAAGACAGCGUUCAGCCGUCAAUAACGAAAUCGCGGACUUCCACAGACAGCGCGGACGCGAUCGCCGCCGGCAGGGACGUGUUGAACUCCAGAAAUUAUCGUCAAUCGUCGUCCAUGAGGGCAUGGCUGACCGAUCUCGCUACGGUGACUGAGAACGAGUGCGGCAGCACGCUUCAGAGCAAGAAUCUGCCGCGCGGAGCCCGAGCGAUGUCCGGCGAGGUUCAUGCGCGGGAUCUGAAGAAGUUGUCUUCCGCAGCCACCGCGGCCGCGAGCAAACUUCUAGUCAGCGCGGAACACUUCGAGCAACAUUAUCAGAGCAUCGUGGAGAAAAUAACUCGGCUGGAAGGCGGCAGAUUCGAAAUGGAGCUCCUUCGCAAUAUAGAGGAGGCCGCAUUCUCGAUUCUCUCUCAAUUGGGUGCGCCUCCUCCUCGCAGGAUACAGCAAGGUAGUCUGAGGAGCAUCCUCGCGCAGUUGCAAAAUAUGAAGAUGUACGUCGAUAGCACGGUCGACACGCGCUUAGACUUUUACAUCGAGAAAAUAGUCCGAAGCCUCGAGGAAGCUCCACGGGAGGACAGUAGCGUGGCUAGAGGCGCUCUGGCAGCUCUGACGGCUCUAGGAUUGUCGGAUCCUCGCGCUGGAAGCAGUAUAGCUCGAUGCUCCGGCGUAAAGGCCCUCUUAACGUGCCUCGUCACUACCGGUCAAAUGCCAGACGAUCUCGUCGUGAUCUCGUUACGUGCUCUGGCCAGCACGUGUAGUUCCGCGACAGCGAUCGAAUACUUUGCUCGAGAAGGUGGUCCCGAAAUCCUGACGGAUCUUCUAGGCGCGGAAUCCUCUUCCGAGAAGGAGAAGACUGAAGCCACCGCCUUGGUGGUGCAAAUCACAGCGCCGUGGACCAAUGCACGGGGUCUGCCGUAUCUCGAACCCUUUGCGGAUUCACUAAUUCCAGCAUUAAAUCAGGUACUUGAGAACACCAACUGCGCACAGACCCUGCUGUUGGCCGCCGCGGCGCUGAAUCAGCUGUCCAAGUCGACGAUAUGUGCCACGAUUAUACUGGAGGAGGAUAGCGUGAAAAAGCUCUUGAGAAGCGUGAAGAAAUCCCACGGUGGUAAUGUGUGGCUGAUGGAGCAGGUCGCCGCGUUGAUCGGUGAACUAGCGCGGAUUCCCGAGGGCCGAUCGCAUCUGGCGAAGGCGCGAGCUUCAGUGGCGUUAGUCUCUUUUCUUCGAAUGAGGCCACCGGGUCUGGAGGAUGCGUAUCAACGACUGGAGAUCACCGCGUCAGCCGCGUUGACCCGACUUUGCGUGGAGCCGGAGAUCGCGAGACAAGUGGUCGCUGUCGGCGGAGGGGAUUGUCUGCCGGGACCAUGCAGAAUAAACGAGGUUCAAAUAGAUCAGAAGAAGGAUGAGGAGGCGCAAGCAGAAGUGGGUUUGUUCAGAUACACCAGAUCGUUGAGACGAGCCUGCAAGAAGGCUGCGAAGCAAAUCGGGAUCGCGAAGGCCAAGGAUCACAGCCCACUGGACUGAGGGAAUUCUGGAAAGGGAAAAAUUUGUUGUGAUAAAUCAUACAAUGCUUAACGAGUGAAAGAUGAUUAUGUAUAGAGUAAGAAAAGAUGUAAACAAAGAGAACAUGUAAAUACAUUUUAUAAUCGCGAACUAUAAUACAGUAGUUUAUUACAUUAUAAAAGAGAGUAAUGCAGGGAAAACAAAUAUUUUUGUUAAAUAUGUACAGAUUUAUAUGUAACUUGACGUACCCGUAUCGCAAUGAUACGGCUGCAUACUGUAAAAAUGUGAAUGUUUUAUUGUGUCACAUGUGCUAAAAAAAUGUGCCAUAUAGUACACAUUUUUAUUAUUAAAAAAUAUAUAAAAAUCCA